CAGGGAGUGUGGCUUUUCUGGUGCAGAGAGAGGUCUGGGUUUAAACCUAAAACCGGUUCCACCAUCAGGAGACCCGGAUAAACUCUAACAAACGCACUUUAACGCGGAACGACCUUCCGACUCGAUCACCCUUCAUCCAUCUCCAUGUCAGAGUUUGUGUCUGGUGGCCGCUAUGAGGAGUGUCGGGUCACUACUGACUGGCUGCUGUCCAAGACACAGGUGCGGCCAACUGUGGGAAUCGUGUGCGGUUCAGGUCUGGGGGGACUGGCUAAGAUGAUCAAGGACCCUCAGGUCUUCAAAUACAGUGACAUUCCCAACUUCCCCAAGAGCACAGUGCAUGGUCAUGCAGGCCAGCUGGUGUUUGGAACACUAAAAGGGAAGCCGUGUGUUUGCAUGCAGGGCAGGUUCCACCUGUACGAGGGCUACCCGAUCCAGAAGAUCACGCUGCCCAUGCGUGUCUUCAAGCUGAUGGGCGUGGAGACGAUGAUCAUGACCAACGCAGCUGGAGGCCUCAACCAGGACUACAAAGUGGGGGACAUCAUGAUCAUCAAGGACCACAUCAACAUGCCGGGGUUCGCUGGAAUCAACCCGCUGGCUGGACCGAAUGAUGACAAGUUUGGUGUCCGCUUCCCCUGCAUGUCUGAUGCCUAUGACCGCAAGCUGCGGCAGCUGGCCCACGACGUGGCAACAGAGCUGGGCUACAGCGAAUUCCUGCAGGAGGGAGUGUACUGUGUCCUGGGAGGUCCAUCCUUCGAAACCAUCGCCGAGUGUCGCAUGCUGAACAGGCUAGGUGCUGACGCUGUUGGGAUGAGCACUGUCCACGAGGUCAUUGUCGCCCGCCACGCCAAGAUGCGUUGCUUCGCCCUGUCGCUGAUCAGCAACCGGGCAGUGAUGGACUACGACAGCCAGGAGAAGGCCAACCACGAGGAAGUCCUGGAGACGGGCAGGCUGAGGGCCGAGCAACUGGAGAAGUUGGUGUCCACCAUGGUGGCUCGGCUGGAGCACAACAACAACUCCUACUGAUUAUGAGACUAACCGCCGUACCUGUUGUCCUGCUUUAUCUCUGCGUCACAUAGAGGGUUUUUUUUCUUGUUAGAACGCUAAAAAAAAACAACUUUUGUUUUAAACUGCCAGGCUAGGUUUACUACUCGAUAAACUAGUUUCUUAGCUAAACUUAAUUUUGUUCUUUACUAGUCUCAAAAUCCUGGAAACUGGUCCACUUUUUUUAUACACUCCUCUAUCAGCAAUGUUUACAUUUUUGAGUUGUACAGAUAAAUGAUCUUACUGUACCUUUUAGUACUGCUGUGAUACAUUAUUACCGUAUUAAGCCAACUGGUGUUUCAGUGAAACAGCACCAUAUUUUCUAACUUAAUAACUUUUAAUUUAAUAAAAUCGAAAUAUUUAUUCUUUCAGUUACAUUCCCUGAUAUCCAUUAACAACUAAUAUAAAGAAAGCAAUAUUCACAUUUUUAAUGUGGAAGACCAAGUCAUCAGAAAUCACUGUUAAACUGUGGAAAUAAUAAUCUCACAUGAUGUUUAAGAUGUGUAAAAUGUUCUAAGAUAUUUAUACUGAAUGUAUUUAAGUAGCGUUUUUAUUGGGUUUGAUAAUAUAUCGAGUGUUUGAUGGACAGAGUUGAAGCAAGGGAUUAUAUUGUGCAUGAGACAAAGUAUUUAUAUGAUCAAAAUCUCUUUCCAUGUCUUAUCACUGUGUUAACAAACUGUGGAUCUACUUUUACAAUAAAAUGACUUGAAUAAUC